AUGGCCACGGCCAUAUAUCCUAAGAUCAAGCUGAGCACUCCGAAGGCCCCACUAGGAGGCGUCUUGUCUACGGCUUCUGCCGUAAAUCAUGCGAUCCCCCGCCCUUCGCCCACACCCUCUAAGACUCUACCUUCUCCGACAAUGUCAUCCACCGCUAUAACUACUUCGUCGUCCAUAAACGGGACUGGUUCGGCCUCUUCUAGUUCGAAUAACGUUCGGACUAGCGAACGAAGGCGGAAUGCUCCCAAUAAGUUCGGAUCCGACCUAGCUGCGCAUGGAAGGAUUAAGAAAGAUCGAGGGGCAGAUCUUGAUGAAGAUGGAGAUUCUCUAGCACUAAACCAACCCCCUAGGAAGAAACUAAAAGCUAUGCCUAGAGGUAUCCCCACCGUGAUCACGACUCAGUACAUACUCGACAAGUACAAAGAUAAACCGCCGUCGUUAACGCUACACAUGCACCCUACCCAUUUCCGUUUCGAUCAACAAGAUGGGACAUUUAAUUAUAACAGUGCUAUGAGGAGCAUACUAGAGUAUAUCGCGCAAGAAACCAUACCGGCUGAUGCUGUCGAGGUGUUUCGUGAUGCUCGGCUUCUAUUUUACGAAGGACGUCUCAUUGUACACAUACAUGACCACCGAACAGCUGCUAAAGGCGUAGAUGGUGCACCCACAAAACCGAAGAACGAUAUGCUAUUCUCUUUAAACCGAUGGAACGAACACCUCACACCUUCGCCGUUUGCGCCCUACCCCGCUCAAAAACCAGGGGACGCCAAAGAAGAACCUGUAGUAAAUGGCGACAUCAAACCGAUGGAUAUCGACUCCUCCUCGAAACCAGGAGAAAACAAGAGGGUCUUCAAAACAGUCCUACACCCGACACCAUCAUCCCUACAUGCCGAAAUAUGCCUGUUAGCAUUAACGCCCUUACCACCUACUGCACGAGGACGCAAUGCAUCUGUUGUACAAACCCCCGCCACACCAGCCUCAGCUCAUCCCUUGACGGUUUCUACGGCACCCAACACUAAACUCCCGACUAUAUUGAACGAUAAGACUUCCUUAACAUUUGAAGCAGACUAUCUGUUAUCGACAGGGCCUUCGCUAGUAUUAACACCCGCAGAGUCACCCGAACAUGCAGCAGCGAUAAUAGAUGCACUGAAACAUCCCUUGCAUUCACGGCCUGUUCCGCCGAAGAAGACAAGGAAGAGGACCGUCAAAGAAAUGGCGGUUGACGAGGCGAAGGCAGCGGAGGAGGAGAGACUGAUGUUGAUUAUGGACGAACGCCACCAGCCAUCGACAGUUGGUGCAGCAGAUGAUGGACCGGUUGGCACUGGUGGCUUUGAGCCCUCAUUUAAGAGAUGGAAGGCUCUCGAGUCGAUCAAACAGAAGCAUGAGGAAGAUAGGAUUAAAAAGGAACAGGAGAAGAGACAGCAACAAGAGGAAGAGCGCCGGAAAGCUGCCAAAGAACCGAGGCCAGAGCCUUCGAUAAGGACCCCGGUCUCUGCCACACCGGUGGAGCAAUCACCACUCGACAAUAAGGGAUCAUUGAGGGAUAUGAUUGCGAGGAAUGGUGCUAUACAACAAGCUCAGCAGCAACAAAGGGAACAUCUUGCACAACAAGCUGCUGCUGCACAGGCCCAAGCUGCUGCACAGGCGCAGGCGCAGGCUGCGGCACAAGCUCAGCGUCAGCAACAUGACGCUGCUGCUGCUGCUUCCGCCGCCCAAGCAGCCCAGGCGCAAAGGGAGGCACAGGCACAGGCGAGGGAGCAGCAACAUGCUGCACAAGUUGCGGCUCAGGCACAAGCACAUGCGGCCGCAGCGCAGACACCCACAAGCGCUCCCCAACAGACGUCAGCCACGCAAGGUAGCCCAAUAGCAGCUGCUUCGUCUCCUUUUGCUCACCAAGGCUCCCCUCCUAUGCCAACACGAACAUCCACCCACUCCUCACAACCAGGAUCUCGCCAGCAAUCGCCACACAUGUCUACUGUUCAGUCCAUUCAGCACCAGCACAACCAACCAAUGCCAGGCUCCCCAGCGAUGCAUGCAUCGCCAAUGAUGCGUGUGACGACGUCGCAGCCAAUGCACGGUUCACCAGCUAUGGCUCAAGGGAGCCCACUUGCUCGAAACGUUGGUAUGAUGCAAGGUGGGCAUGUCAUGAACCAGGCUCAGGCCAUGGCCCAUCAAAUGAUGAUGGCUGGCGCCCGAAAUCCUAUGGUCAUGAACAAAGCGGCACAUCAGAUGGCACUUGGGCAAAACCCUGAGCAGCAGAAGAUAAUGAUGCAACGCGCCUUUUUAAUGCGGCAAGCGCAGCAGCAGCAACAUCAUCAGCAGCAGCUUCUUGCUGCCCAACACGCAGCUGCGCAGCAACAUCAACAGCCACAAAUGAUGGACGGCAUGGGCGGUGUUGCUGGUAUGCACCCUGGUAUGGCCGGAAGAGGCUUUAUGGGCGGUAUGCCUGGCGGUGGUGGGAUGCAUAUGAAUGGCAUGAUGGGCGGCAUGCAAAUGGGCAUGAAUGGAUAUCCUCAGAUGAUGGUCGCCAAUGGAAUGGCUGGCGGCGGCGGGAUGCCCAUAGGUAUGAUGAAUGGAGCAGCACUGCAAGGGUACAGCCCUGCGCAGAUUAAUAUGCUUAUGGCUAGAGGGAGAGGCCAGCCGCCUCAGGGUCAGUGA